AUCAUUAUUCUUUCACAGAACCGCCAUAUUUCUCAUUUCGGUGACUGGACAUAAGACGGAAAGACACACAGAGACCUCCCAGCUGAGCACUCGCCUCCCAGACUGUUUGGCCGCUGAGAAUUUCUUCCCCGGAGAGUCAUGAAUCCAGAAACUGAACAGAAAAUCGAAGAGGCGGUGUUGGAGAUUCUGAGGAGCUCCAACAUGGACCAGACCACUGAACACAAGGUCCGCAAGGCGGCUUCCGAGCUGCUCGGCCUUGACCUCUCCACGCCGGAACGCAAGCGCUUCGUCCGGCGAGUCGUUGAGGCGUACAUCGCCGAGCAGCAGUCCAAGGCAGAACAAGAAGAGGACGAGGGUACGACUGCCGCCAAAUCAUCGGAAGAAGAAGAUGAGGAUAGCAACGCUCAGCGAAAGAGGAAGGAAAGCGGCGGCAAGGAAUAUGAUGACGAGGGCGAUCUUAUCAUUUGCAGGUUAUCAGACAGGAGAAGAGUGACUUUGCAGGACUUCAGAGGGAAGACUUUGGUUUCAAUAAGGGAAUACUACAGAAGAGAUGGAAAAGAACUUCCUACUUCAAAAGGAAUAAGUUUGACGGCUGAGCAGUGGGCAUCCUUCAAGAAGAACAUACCUGCAAUAGAGAAAGCUAUCAAGAAGAUGGAGUCGAGGUUGGACUGAGAGACUUUUCUGGAUAUCUGAACUUUUGGGCUCACAAGGAUGUAUGCUCUCUAUUGAGCAAUACAGUAAAAAUAAUUGUGGUUUUGUACUGCUCUCUCACUUUUACUCUUUUCUCCUUUUGUAUGAUCCGAAAUUCUCCCUGGAACCAUGCAACUACUUCCAUUUUGAUCAGUGCCUAAUAUCAGAGUAUAGGCUCCUGUUUCUGCUUUCGACCAUAUGGUUGAUAACUUCUUGAUAUAAUAUAUAUCUAAAUAUCCCAAUAUCCAA